UGGGAACGUCGUGUCGCCAGCGAGCUGUCAGUGUUGGGGGGAGACAGAGAAAUCGGUCCAGCAUCUCUGGAGCGGCGGAGCGGAGCGGAUGACAGAGACGCGCAGUCCGCAUCAGCAGGAAUGAGGCGGAUUUAACUCCAAAUGUUUCACCCCGAGAAAAAAGGCGACGCACAAGCUGGAUGUUUAAAAGACUGAACCUCCUCGUCUGCCAUAGAUCAGCGCGGAGAUCUGCCUUCAUUCUAUCAAUGAGAGAUAUUAUGUGGAGAGGCUGCACCGCCCGGUGGUAACGCAGAAAAAAACACAAGAUGAAGAAGCAGUUCAACCGAAUGAGACAGCUCGCCAACCAAACCGUGGGCAGGGCUGAAAAAACAGAAGUAUUAAGUGAAGAUCUACUACAGGUGGAGAAGCGUCUGGAGCUGGUCAAGCAGGUUUCCCACAGCACACACAAGAAGUUGACCGCCUGUCUGCAGGGUCAGCAGGGCGUGGACGUGGACAAGAAGUCUGUCAGGUCACCCUCGAAGAAGCUUCCUCUCACAACACUAGCACAAUGUAUGGUGGAGGGGGCGGCCGUGCUCGGGGACGAGUCUCUACUAGGGAAGAUGCUGAAGCUGUGCGGCGAGACGCAGGAGAGACUCGCUCAGGAGCUCAUCCUGUUCGAGCUCACCAUCGAGAGAGACGUCGUCGAGCCUCUGUACGACCUCGCAGAGGUGGAAAUCCCAAAUAUCCAGAAACAAAGGAAACAUUUAGCGAAACUGGUCCUGGACAUGGACUCUGCUCGCACACGGUAUUAUCAGUCCACCAAGUCUUCAGGACUGUCCAGCAACCUGCAGCCAACAGGAGCCAAGGCCGACCACCUCAGGGAAGAGAUGGAGGAGGCAGCCAACCGCAUGGAGAUCUGUCGAGAUCAAUUAUCAGCCGACAUGUACAGUUUUGUGGCCAAAGAAAUCGACUAUGCAAGCUACUUCCAGACACUGAUAGAGGUCCAGGCUGAGUACCACAGGAAGUCAUUAGAGCUGCUUCAAAGUGUUCUGCCCCAGAUCAAAGCUCAUCAGGAGACCUGGGUGGAAAAACCGUGCUACGGGAAACCAUUAGAGGAGCACUUAGCGCUCAGUGGGAGAGAUAUUGCCUUUCCAAUCGAGGCCUGUGUCACCAUGCUGCUGGAAUGUGGCAUGCAGGAGGAGGGUUUGUUCAGAGUCGCUCCGUCGGCCUCCAAACUGAAGAAGCUGAAGGCGUCUUUGGACUGCGGCGUGUUGGACGUACAGGAAUACUCCGCGGACCCGCACGCUAUCGCAGGAGCCUUGAAGUCGUACCUGCGGGAGCUGCCUGAGCCUCUAAUGACAUACGAGCUCUACAACGAUUGGAUCCAAGCCUCCAACAUUCAAGAUCAAGACAAGAGACUGCAAGCUCUUCUAAACGCCUGUGAGAAACUACCCCCAGCCAACAACAACAACUUUAAAUAUUUGAUCAAAUUCCUCUCCAAACUGACUGAAUACCAGGACGUGAACAAGAUGACGCCUGGAAACAUCGCUAUAGUCCUCGGACCAAACCUGCUGUGGAUGCACAACGAAGGUAACAUCACAGAGAUGAUGACCACGGUUUCCCUGCAGAUCGUCGGCAUCAUCGAGCCCAUCAUCCAGCACGCCGACUGGUUCUUCCCUGGAGAAAUCGAGUUCAACGUCACAGGGAACUACGGGAGCCCCGUCCACACCAACCACAACGCCAACUACAGCUCGAUGCCGUCCCCGGACAUGGAUCAGAUCGACCGUAGGCAGAACGACCAGAGUCGACGGCCCCUCAGCGUCGCCACAGACAACAUGAUGCUGGAGUUCUACAAGAAGGACGGCAUUAGGAAGAUACAAAGCAUGGGUGUCAGGGUGAUGGACACUUCUUGGGUGUCGCGCAGGGGCUCGUCUUCUACGCGUAAAAGCUCUUCCACGCCACCGAGCGUGCAUCCCCCCGUCCCGCCCACUGACGCUCUCAUCCCCGAGCCGCCCGGGGAUUUCUCUGCCUCCCCCUCCCCCACCCCACCUCCCACUAGCAGUGACCGAGCCAGUACUCUGAAGAACAAGGAGCUGUCUCCUGUGAUCGGACAGAAGGGAAUCCAGGGAACGAUGACCUCUAGUGGACAGUCGCAGCACUCUGAGCACAGCCCUCACACCCUGAGGAGAGCAAAGAAACUGGCCCCGAUCCCUCCUAAAGGUCCUUACUGCCAGACGGGAGCCAUGUCCGACCAGUCGACAGGUCAGCCGUCUCCAGUCAGCCUGUCGCCCACUCCUCCCAGCACCCCCUCCCCGUACGGCUUCAGCUACCCGCAGGGAUACGCCACCAUCGGCUCCCCGGGACAAAUGGCCCAGAUGGCCACCACCCCGUCCCUCUCCUCUCCACCCUCGCUGGCUGGGACUCUCACCAAGGCCAGGCCCACCCCAAAGCCGCCCCGGCAGAGGCCCAGCUUACCUCCCCCUCAGCCCCCAACCACGCCCGGCACCAGUCCCCAGCCGCUGGAGCAUUCAGGACUCCUGGAUGGUUUGUCUCCUGGGGAAAGCAUGUCCACAGAUUCUCUCUGCAACCUGGACAUCCCGAUCAUCAACGUGGAACUGGACGGUAUUUUUGACUUGCCCCACAUCUCCCCCUUCAGAAACUCGGUGGCGCUGCUCGAGUCGACCGGCAACAGAGCGGAGUCGGAGGAAGAGUCUGAGAGCACAGUGCUAUGACGCCACUGAGUUAUCCCCCCUCACACCCAUCCCACUCAGAUCCCCUCCGCCGGCUGAUUAAAUGAAACUCGCCCCCUCCUCCGACCACCAACCAAUGCGCUCAUUCAGUGACCGUUCACCUCCUCAAACUGGAAUACUUCUGGAUCUCAUCGUCACACCUCACCUAGUCUGAUCCAGGGAGGGGGAGGAGGUCCACGUGUAAAAAACCGAGCUCUUCUAGAAAAUAUCAAAAGAAAUACAGGAACCGAAAAAGAUGCUCACAAAAACAAAAAGAAUCACGAGGUGUUAGCGACGAUAUUGUCAGGGGACUGUUCAGACACAAUUUGACGUUUUAUGUUGGCUGGAUGUUUUUUUAAUUUAAUGUUUUAUGUUUUUGUUUUUUUUCUGCCUUAUUUGAUUCACUUGCAAUAUUGCCUUUAACUUCACACAUGAGACUGGAAACAGACCGCUGGGAGGGAUGAGCUCUUUGCUGCUGCUGCUGCUGCUGCUGCUUCUCAUGAGUGAAUUAUUUCAGGAGGAAGAAGAACACAGUACUGUACAUCGGUCCUGCCAGCACGUCGGCUUUCCUCUUCUUCUUCUUCUCCUUCUUCCUCUCACUGUUUAUCCUCCAUCUCAACUCCCUCCUCCAUUCCUCAGGGGUGAAAACGCCUCGCUCUGGCAUGCGAUGGCAACAACCCCCGUCCCUCACAAACCCUCCUCAAAUUUCAGUCUCACCUGAGCGUUCACUGUGAGUGUGCCAGUGUGUCGUUUUUGGAAAAGUGUGUGUGCGUGUGUGUGUGUGUGUUUAUAUGUGUUUGGUAAUUGUACUAUAUGAUGUUGCACUGUUGGUGUCGUGGAGCAUAAACAGGAAUGCAUGUUUUAGACAUUUAGGAGAAAAACUACCAGGUUAAACGCCCAAUCACACUUUUCUCUGUAUUUACAUUUGAUCAGGAUAUCAAUCACUGAAUAUUUAUUGUUUAUACUGUACAUUUCCAGAAUAUAUGAUACAAAUGAGACUAUAAAUCAAAUCAGAUCAUAUUUUGUAUCUACAUGAGAGCUAUAAAGGUACCAUUUCCUCCAGAGAGAAUAUAGUCGAGGUAUUAAAUAUAUGAGAUUAUGAAAGGUACACAAUAAAAAGGCUGGAAUGUGAAUAUAACGAGUGUAGUAAGCGGGGAAAUGAAAAACUCCACGUGAUUACACAUAAUUAUUUUGGCAGCAAAGCAAAAGUUGUGUGGGAUUUUUCAUUUUUCCGAGCUGAAUCCACAGAGAGACUACAAAGUGCAGGUUUGGUUUAUGCGGUGCCUGGAGUGUGCCACCAGAACAUUUGCUUCAAUUAAUAAUUAAAUUAAAGUCCAACCCACAGAGCAGCAGCAGCAGGAGCUCUUGUUUGUAGCAGCUGUUAUGUAUUGGCAGGAGUGUGGCCAAUCAGAGCUCCCGCUGCCGCUCCGUGGGUUUAUUUAAGUGUCCUGUGAAGCUUUCUUGUUAACGGAAUAAAGUUAUUUUUACCAUCAGUGUUUCUCACUAAGAAAAAACACUUUAAUCUAGAGCUAAUAAACACCCUGAACACAUUUCCUUCAACAUAAAACAUUAGCUUUCGGCCUCAGUGCUUAACUUCCUCAUGUGUUACUGCCACCAACUGUGGAUCAGCAGAAUCACGCAAAAUUUCCACCAACUCCUGAACCAGAACACUAAAGUUGUGGAUUUGGAAACAAAACAAUGAGCUGAAAGACGCUAAAAGUUAUAAAAGAAAUGAUCAAUUAUAGUCACUUUAAAGCAACACUGCGUAGAAAUUGAUAUUUUUUCAUUUUAUUUUGAUUUUUUUUGCCCCC